AAAAUAAAAUUAAAUAAUCAAAAUAAAAUGAAUUUUUUUCUUUUAUUUCUGUUUUUGUUAAUUAAUUUUUAUUAUUUCACAAACGGAGAAAAGGUUACAAUUGAACAAUGCAACACUGUGAUGGCAUAUAAAGUAGAUGAGGACUGCGUAUGUUGGACUGAUGUUACUAAAUGUAUAACUUCGUUAAUACCUGACGGCAAGUGUGAAAAAGAGACUUAUCCUGAAAAUUUUAUUGAGAAUACGUGUGAUAAAAUGUAUUCAAAAUGUUCCUUGACGAAAAAUGAAUGUGAACUUGCUAUCUGUGAAUGCUUUAAUUCGUCUGCUGAAUGUUUGGUACAAAAGAAAUGUGAACCUAUAAAACCCGGCAGUUCAACAUCAGAUAAACGCGUUCGAGCAUCUGAUAAAAUUUUAGGUUUUAACAAGUUAUUUGAUGCACAUUUCAAAAUAAUUGAAUAG